AUGUCAACAUCAUCAGUCCCACGUUCUUGCACCAACGACAAACUCUCUAUCAUUGCGCUGGAACCGCUGUCACUUGCAGAUGCUAGUAAUGCCAUGCCGGAAAGCGACCGUGGCUCGGUGAUCCCCGCGCAGCUCUCAUUUCUUGCUAUCUACAAUCCAACUCUUGGACCCACCGAUGAGACAAUCGAAGACCAAAUCGUAUUCUACACCUCGAAAUCAGACUACCUACAGCAUACAGAGGGAUCUACCGAGGAGGAAUGUAGCAAGCAUCCUGAAGAUGGCAAAAACGAGAGGUUGCGCCAGAUAGGUCUGGCGCAGGGGAUGGUGAAUUUCGCUAGUGAUUUUUCGUCCGGCAAGACAUUAGACUACAUUGAAACGGAAAAAGCGCGAGUCAUUCUUCUCGAGCUGGAAAAAGACUGGUGGGUCGUUGCUUCUAUCGAUCUUACGCAAAUACCAACCGAGCCAACACAAUCCUCCUCGACCGAUCUGUCUGGUAGCCCGGCAUUUCAUUAUUCGACAAGGGAAAUGGGACACCCACAGCUUCUCAUCCAACAACUGCGUCGCGCCCACUCGAUAUUCCUUCUUCUCCAUGACAUUUCUUUGGGCGACCUUUACGAGCGUGUGGGUCGGUCCUCGUUCUGUCUUUUCCUUGAAAGAUUCUGGCAUAAGUUUGCAUGGAACUGGGAGCUUCUUUUAACCGGAAACCCAAUCGUUGAUAUUUAUAAUGGGAUCAAACUCGCCGCAGGCGGCGAGUUAGGAAUCGGUGUCGGAGAGGAAGAAUGGGGCAGUGGAGAGAGAGAGGUGCUUGAAGACUUUGUUGGGAGAACAGAUGGCUUGGUCGAUCUGGUCGUCUCGAGGUUUGGCGACUCGUCGGAUCUCUUCGGAGAUUCCCCAUCUCCCCAUUGUGAAAAGCCAUGGCUAGGGCAGGACACUGACCCUCGACCAACUGACGGAAUCAUCUUUUCGGGUGUCGAUGUCAUCUCGCGGUGCUCUGUGGCCCAUGUAUCACAUUGGAUGGAGUGGAUUUACCGAUAUGGGGACGCGACAUAUGGUAUAGGACGAGACCCAAAUUCUCCGCGCCGACGAAGACCCCGGCGGCACAGGGAAAGAUACCAGUCCGGGAGUAGAAACCAGCCUUCAACUCCAGAGCCAGUACAUGUACCCGGAAUACCUCGUCCGCUAGUGAUGGCUGCACAUCAAUCUGUUCCAGAAGUCCAGAACGAGAACGCGCCUGAACGAGACGAGGUUCCCCCAUCGGGGAGUGACCCAAGAAACGAAAAGUCAGCGUUUGGAACUGAGGCGGUCAUGAAAUAUUUGACUCUAGGAUAUGGGUCAUCAUGGAGUCUCUCUGGCGUGUCUACACCGUCGAUUACAAGCUCCCCUGCUCCCGAGGUCGGCAAGUUAUCAGCGGGUAUCACAGAGCGAACUGAGCCGUCCACUAACGUCCAAACACCGCCAUCAAAUGGACCUAGUAGAUCUCGCCAGGAAUUUAAGAAGAAUACAACUGGUCGUUUUGUUCUAGGACCUCGCGACGAUCUGGACACGCUGGAUGACUUGGAAGAAAGCAGUCCGGUAUCUGAGCCGGAUGCCAACAAAUCCAAGACUCGAAUCGUGCAUCGAACCCUACACGUUCGACUAUCAGACGGUUCUGGUGGAGAUGGGGAUAUACGAAAGCUUGAGGCUGUGAUCUAUGUGCACCAGCCAUUCAUGUUCACAUUUCUAUUCGAUGCUGAUACAGCUUCUCUAUCAUCUCCGUCUCUCUACACCAGUAUCCAUCACCAGCUAGGACCCCUUCAAAAAUCCCUACUCUCAUCCACCUCCCCGGCAACAGCCGCCUCCCGCAUUUGGACGUCAGAAGCCACUGAUCCCAAAAGACGCUUCUCCUCCCGAACUCAACCAGUUCACGACCUGGUAUACGAUCCAUCCAAUCUAACAAUCCGAUCCUCUAUUCCCAACAUCCCCAGCCUAGGCACAUCCUCUCAAUCACCCGAGGUACCCCACUCUCCUCGCACACCAUCUCCAUCUUCCAUCCAACCAAUAGCACAAAAGUGGUCUCGCGUAGAGAGCCUCGCCAUCCAUCACCGCCUCAUAUCUACAUACAUCGACACCCGCUCCCGUCCACAAGAACUCGAGCGCACAUGCAAAACUAGCCGUGGCUGGUGGAUCCUCUGGGUUCGCAUUCCACCAACUGUCUCAUCGCCUCCACCGGCCCUCUCCUCUGCAUCCUCUUCUGUGGCUCUAUCAUCCACGGCCGAGGAGGAAGUCGAAAACAUUCACCCCCCACCCUCUAUUCCUGAGCCACAGGAAGCUUUCCUAAUCCGCAAGGCGAGUGACUAUGUCUCCCCAGCGAACCAGGAUCGAAUGGGCAGCGGUGCGCGCUUUUUCCGUGACUUGGGUGGAUCGUCUUCUAGGAUUUCUCGUGCUUCUGACACUACUACUCCCUCCAAGCUGGUAGAGGGGCUUGGGCUAGAUGCUCGUCGAUAUGUUGAGGGGUUGCUGCGAUUCAACAGGUGA